AAAGACCCGGUCUGCUUAUCUCCAUUCAUUAAAGCUGUUUUUUUGGCAACUGCAUCACAUUCCUUAUUUUGUAACAUGAACAUGAAUAUUUGGCAUUUCCUCUGUGUGGUGAUUGUCUUUCAAGGUAUCAGUGGGGAUGAAAUUCGAUUAGAUCAGUCACCUUCUGUGACAAAGAGACCUGGAGAAACAGUGAAGAUCUCCUGUAAAAUAUCUGGGUUCACAAUGACAAGCUCCUACAUGCACUGGAUACGGCAGAAGCCUGGAAAAGCUCUGGAGUGGAUUGGGAGAGUUGACUCUGGCAGCAGUUCUAGCUCUGAUUAUCUUAUCUAUGCAGAUUCUGUGAAAAACCACUUCACAAUGAGUGAAGACGUAUCUCAAAGUACACAGUUUCUUGAAGCCAAGAGUCUGAGAGAAGAGGACACUGCUGUUUAUUACUGUGCUCGAGCACCAGGACACAGUGACUCAAACUGA